AUGGCACUGCUCCGGGGCCUCCUGGUGCUCAGCUUGUCCUGCCUGCAAGGGCCCUGCUCAGUGUUCUCUCCGGCGAGCACCAUGGAUCCCAUGAGCCAGCAGAUAGUGACCGGGCCGAGCCAGGAGAAGCUGUCCCAGCUCAGCCUCCUCAAGUUGGUCAACCAGGAGCCCGAGGGCCAGACGGAGCCGAAGAAGGCCUCAGGAGACUGCAGUGAGGCCCCCAGCCCGGAGCAGACCCGCAGGCUGGCCAAGGCCAUGAUGGCCUUCACCACAGACCUGUUCUCCCAGGUGGCCCAGAGCUCCGCCCACCCCAACCUCAUCCUGUCGCCUCUGAGUGUGGCCCUGGCGCUGUCUCACCUGGCACUAGGUGCCCAGAACCAGACGCUGCAGAGGCUGCAGCAGGUGCUGCACGCGGACACAGGGCCCUGCCUCCCCCACCUGCUGAGCCGCCUCUGCCAGGACCUGGGCCCCGGCGCGUUCCGAAUGGCCGCUCGGAUGUACCUGCAGAAAGGAUUUCCCAUCAAAGAGGACUUCCUGACACAGUCCGAACUCCUCUUUGGCGCGAAGCCCAUCAACCUGAUUGGGAAGAAGGGGGAGGACUUGGCAAACAUCAACAAAUGGGUGAAGGAGACCACGGAGGGGAAGAUCGAGGACUUCCUCUCGGAGAUGGCGGAUGACACCGUGCUGCUGCUCCUCAACGUCAUCCACUUCCAGGGUUUCUGGAAGAGCAAGUUCGACCCGAGCCUCACGCAGAGAGGGACGUUCCACCUGGACGGGCAGUUCACGGUGCCAGUGGACAUGAUGCAGGCCCGCAUGUACCCGCUGCGCUGGACGCUGCUGGAGCAGCCCUCCGUACAGGUGGCUCACUUCCCCUUUAAGAACAACAUGAGCUUCGUGGUCAUCGUGCCCACCUACUUCGAGUGGAAUGUGUCCCAGGUGCUGGCCAACCUGAGCUGGGACGCCCUGCACCAGCCCUUCCUUCGGGAGAGGCCCACCAAGGUCCAGCUGCCUAAGCUGCACCUGAAACACCAGCUGGACCUCAUGGCCACCCUCAGCCAGCUGGGCCUGCAGGAGCUGUUUCAGAACCCAGACCUCAGCGGGAUCUCGGACGAGAGGUUGGUGGUGUCCAGCGUGCAGCACCAGUCCACGAUGGAGCUCAGCGAGGCCGGCGUGGAGGCGGCCGCGGCCACCAGCUUGGCCAUGUCCCGCAUGUCCCUCUCCACCUUCAGCGUGAACCGCCCCUUCCUCUUCUUCAUCCUCGAGGACACCACGGGGCUGCCCCUCUUCGUGGGCAGCGUGCGGAACCCCAGCCCCGGGGCGCAGCGGGAGCACACGGAGCAGCAGGAUUCCCCCGACAGCAGGGACCUCUUCGAGGACCUGAACGCCUUCGCCCGCGGCGACAAGCCCUUCGGCCCGGACUUGAAACUGGAGCCCCUGCCCGAGGAGGAUUACCCCCAGUUCAGCAGCCCCAAGUGA